AUGGAGAGUAACAUCCCUGAGGAGAUGGUGCAGGAAAUCCUGUUGAGGUCACCUGUGAAAUCUCUUCUUCGAUUCAAAUGUGUAUGUAAGCAAUGGCUUUCUCUUAUUUCUGAUCCCUCUUUUGCAAAAUCGCAUUUUGAACUAUCUGCUGCUCCGUCCCACAGACUUCUCUUCCCAAUAUCAUAUUCUGAUUCCGAAGCUCAAUCCAUCGAUGUUGACGUGCCGUUUCACGAUGAAUCUGCUGUUGUGAGCCUCAUUCACCCCCUUCCAAAGUUUGAUGUUUCUUGUUGUAUUUUUGAAGUUUUUGGUUCCUGCAGAGGGUUUGUUCUUUUCUCGGUGUUUUCGUCAAAUCUCUAUGUAUGGAAUCCAUCAAAUGGUGUUCACAGACCGCUGUCACUGUCAUUCUCUCAUCUUAUACGAAAGAUACGUAAAUCCAAUAUUUAUACGCUUCUAAUUGGUUUUGGGCAUGACCCGUCCACUGAUGAUUACUUGGUAGUUGUUGUAUCCCAGAAUGAGGAGGGAAACCACAUGAUGCUUUUCUCUUUGAAAACCAAUUCAUGGAAAAAAAUCCAGCUUUCCCAUAUUCCCCAUACGGGUUACUACAAGUUGCAUGGAUUGUUCAUUAACGGGGCUAUUCAUUGGUUGAUUUUCCCUCAUCAUGGAAGUGAUCCAGGAGUUAUUAUUGUCUUUGAUUUGACUGAAAAACAACUAUCAGCUAUAUCUCUUCCAGAUGGUGAUUUCAAGUUCGGCUAUUUGUCUGGUCGGGAUUUGAUAAUCACUGGUGGAUGUCUCAGUUUUUGGGAACCCAGACUCGUUUGCUCCACCAAAGGUGGUGAACUUGUUGCAUUAAAUGAUGCCAAUUUGAUGAAAUUUAAUGAUAAAGGAGAAUUGCUUGAAAUUCACAGAAAAUAUGAUCGUCUGGAUUGGUUUCGGGCUAGCUUUCUAUACAGAGAGUCUACUUUGUCAAUACAUGCUCUUUGCAAUAUUGAUCUUAUUUCUUCUCAAUGUUAUUCCAAUGUAUGUAGUUCUUUUCUUCCCAUCACUUCCAAAAGAAAAAAAAAAGAGCUCCGAAAUAUUUAUUUG